GAAGAACAAUAAUAUAAUAAUAAUAAUAAUAAUAUUAACAAUUAAUAAAUAAUAUCAAAUAUCAGAAUGCAACUACAAUAAUAUUACUGCCUACUAACAUCAAUUUUUUGUUUGCGCCGUUUUAUUUUUACCUUCGAUUGUCGGUGGCUCUUGGACUUUGGUGCAGUAGACUGUUUUCGUCGAAAACACGGCGAUCUACAAGAUUUACUUAUAAUAUUUAUCACGCUAGAUCUCAGGCGGACACCGUCACAAAUGUCAUGGCUGUAUUCGACGACAUACAGCGAUAUGAUGAAGAGAUUGCAUGCACAUCUAUGGAUGAAGCAUACCUGAUGCAUGUACAAGAGCCGGUACUCAUCAGAGGAAUUGGAAAUCUUACUGUUUUUGGAUUGAGUAGCAGAUUCCAGUCAGAAUUUCCAAGUGCUCUUGUAUCACGUGUGGCUCCAGAAGAAUUUGAAGAGACAAUGGCGCGAAUCAAUUCUGUUUUAAAGAAAAGUUUACCAAUGAAUGCUAAAUGGUUGUUUUGUGGAUGUAUGUGUUGCUGCUGUACUCUUGGUUGUUCACUUUGGCCUGUUAUUUGUCUUAGUAAAAGGACUCAGCACAGUUUGAAUAAAUUACUCGAUUGGGAAAAUAAUCAUCUUUAUAAUAAAAUUGGUUUGCAUUGGAGAUUGAAUAAACAAAGAGUAGAUACUUCAUCUAUUACAGAAUAUGUACUUUUGGUGGAAUUUAUUCCAAAAAUUCCAAUCUAUAAACCAGAUUAAGUAAAAUAUAACACAAAUAUUUACAUUUUGUUUAUUUCUAUCAGUUUAAAGAUAGGAUAUUGGUUAGUUAUUAAUUUGAAAGGCACAAAAAAAUUAACCAAUUAUCAUUUUACCAGGUAAUAUUUAGAAUUUGUAAUGAUUUUUAUCAACUAUUAUUUUUGGACUUAUUUAUCAGUCAUCCUAACUUGCUCAAUAUUGUAAAAUUAAAUGGAUUUAUGACUAUGUGAAACUAAAUUAGUUGUUUAUAUAUUUCAUUAAUUUUUAAAUGUAUGAUUACAUAAUUCUUUCAACAGAAGUUGAUUGAAAUAAAGAUUUAAGUUUAUGUCUUUAUAUUAUCAAUACUUGAUUUAAAAAUUAUGAGUUAAUGUGAUAUCAAUUUGUGUGAUACCUGGACGGGUACUUAAUAUUUAUUUAUAUGUUUAUCUCGUCCUUAGAAGAAUCUGACCUGAUUUUUUUUCUGUUAUUUUAUUAACUUAAGUUUUAAAAAUAUAAAUUUAAGUCAAUUACUUGAAUAAAAAUGAAUAUCAAGUUUUAAACUUAAACUUAGUACUUAAAAAAAAAAUAUAUGCAUAUAUUUAAGUAAAUUUCAUGACAGCAUCACAUAUAUUUGUAUUUUUCUGUUAGAAACGUUAGUUUAUAAUUGAAAAUAAAUUUAUUAUUAUUUGAUUUUAAUUGUAUAAGAUAUAUUAAGAUUUACUUAUAUAUUUUUUUUUUAUAUUAUUUAAGUAUCCAAUGUACAUGCUUCCAAAGGAUCAAGUAUGUUAGUUCCAAGUGAUUAAUUUGUGCAUAAAUAAAUAUUUUAAUGUUAAUAUAUGUAUAAUCAAAUUGUUUAUAAUUGUGGUGUAAAUAUUCUUUUUAAUAAAUGUUUGUAAACGAGCUUAUA